ACACAAACAUGGCAGCGUUAGUAACGUUUCCCAUUCAAAAUUAAUUUACCAUACAUAUUGGAACGUGUUUGCAUUGAAAGUUUGAAAGUAUGACAGUGAUGUUGACCUUCAAAUGUUGCUACAUUCACUGCUUUUCUACACACACAACUAAUGACGUCACACAUGUGGUAAUUUGGUAAUCAAAACAAAGCAUUUGUUAUGCUGUGGAGGUGGUGAAGACUUUAGGGCUGUUGUGUGUAUAGCCAGGCUUUCUUAAUAGAUUUAAUAAAUCGUCACGAUUUUCUGUGAUUUGCUAUUAUGUGUAUUAUUGGGAACUGGUAAUAAAACGUUGAUGGAUUUUUACUUGCAAAGUAUGGAGUAUCGCGACAGUGAAGAAAUAGAUGGGUUAAAAGCUGAACGCAAGCGUGGUCGGAAGCCAGGCCGGAAAGCGACCGACAAGGUUGACAUGAAAGCAAAGUUGGAGCGAAGUCGCCAGAGCGCGCGUGAGUGCAGGGCUCGCAAGAAGCUGAGGUAUCAGUAUUUGGAGGAGCUGGUGGCUGACAGGGAGAAAGCCGUCUUUGCAUUGCAGAAAGAACUGGAAAAGUACCGAUCGUGGGGCAAAGCGAUGGACGAUGGGCGAAUCCCUGAUGGCCUGCACGAGCUACUCGAAGAGCUGGGCGCCAUAAAAAAGGAGAAAUGAGAUUUUAAGCAAGCAUCCUCGAUGUAACUUGGGUUCAUAUUCCAUAGUCUCUGCAACAAGGAGGGGGGCCCCCGACUGAGUCCGCGAUGGGAACAGGCGCGCGUUGCGGUCAAGUCCAGAGAGCUGAGGAGUGAAGCGUCGAAGGCGACAGAGGCGGUGGUCAGUAGACAUGAAUGUUGCAUCACUUAAAACCACUUCAGUUAAAGCUUUACGACACCAGCGGUCUAGAUGAAUGCACAUUGCUAGUGACGAUUCAAGAAUCGCGCGGGGAGCAUGAGGUGGAAAGUGUGGAUAACUUAUUUAACUUCUACAUAACAGGUACAUCAUUACACCACUACCAUCAGAUUACCAGCUUUGAGCAUCUUUGGCUUCAGUUAGACCUGCCAGAACCCAGAAGUCUCCCAAAGUGUGCCAGGAGAUGGAGAUGGCAUUUGAAUAAGAAUAUUCCCUGACAGAAUAUCAGGAGAAAAACAAAAUCUCAAACUUCAGUGGGAAGUAAAACUUUAGGUGCCCUUAGAUGUCCGCUUUAACAUCUAUUUUCUUUUAACUAUUUCACACGAUGGAUAACUAUCUGAUGUACGGCAUUACAGAUGAAGAAAUUAAUUAAUUUUUAAAUGAAGUUGUAUAUAUGUAGCUAUCAGUAGGUACUGCAAAAUUUUAAGUAAGAUCAAAUAAAUUUACGUUCUUAUCACUGUGACCUUUACUUAGAAAUUCACAACUUAUCUUAAUUUCCUUGCCCCGAUUUUGAGAAAGAUAAGGGGUGGGGGGACGUAUACUGCUGCUUUCUUCUGUUAUGCCACUGCCAGUAAUUGUAGGGACUUGGAACAAGGAUAAUGUGUCUAGUGAGAGGGGUAAUCAAGAUCACCAAAAGAUUAUCAAUCACGUUACUAUUCAUAGCUUAAGAAACGUUAGGUGUUUAUGAUAUAGACUGGCAUUUUUUUUAAAAAUGUAAAUAACUUAAAGUGAAUUAUUGCAUGCCCUAUAGUAUUAGAUUGAAAUUCGGAGAAAAUAUAGUUGCUAAGCAGUAUAUGUGUAUUGUACUUGAAUGUUGCAUAUGUUUGUUUAUGGUCCUCCUCCAAUUCAUCAGUUAUAUUCCUAGUGCCAGAAAAUGCCUGUAGUUUAUGAUGGCAAUGCUUGUAGGAUUUUAUAGUGUAAAAUAUGAUAAAGAUGGUGCAAUUUGUAAGUGUAAGGCAAUGCAAUACCAAGUAACACGUUUUAUAUCUGAGUGAAUUCCUGCAAAGGAUGGUAAUGCGUAAUGUACAGAAGCGUGGACUACCAACAAACUCAUAGGUUUGGCAAAUGGUGUAAAGUGUAGCAUUUCAAAACAUGUUAAGUGAAGACCACUAAGCUAACAAAGACUCAUUUAGCCAUUAGAAACCCAAGUUAUGUAUAACAUCAGGUUCCGUAUUUACAUCCUAUCUAAAAGAAAAUGUCCCUAAGAGCAUAUAAAUGAAAGAAACAAGCAUUAAGCAAUGAAGUGAAUGUGGUGUAUGGAUUUACAUGGUUGACAAAAAUUUGCAAUAUAAAAUCCAGGUUCGUAGUAUAAUUAUUCGAAAGUUGAAUUCAGUUAAGUGAUUGUGAUGCAAUAAGUCAAAACAGUAUUAAGAAUGAAUACUUACUUAACUUCUUACAAAUAGCAUGUAGCAUAAAGUGGUGACAAGUGCUUAAAUAGUGAAACAUUUUUGGAAGUGGUUAUUAAUUGAAACAAAUCACAUAAAUAUGCAUUUACCCACCUUCUGUUGCUGAAGCUAAGCAUUAAUUCACAGUUUUCAAAAGCUGACUAUACUACAAAACAACGUUAUAGAAAUUGCAGGGCAGGUCAACUAAACUGCAAAACCAUGCUGGACAUUAUGCAAAUUUUGUCAUAUUAAUACUGCUUACUUUCACGACAGUGACUUGCUAUUAUACUGGGAUACCUUGGAAAGUCACGCCGCCUAUUAAUAAUAAUUAUAAAAAGAAUUAUAAUUCUGUUAUAAAGUGGAACUUUAAAGGGAACUAUCUAGCACAAUGUUAAGUGGGGAUUUACCAUUGUUACGUACCAUCAAAGUACACACUAGUUCAAACUUAAAACAUAAUAUGCAUGUGCAAAUUUGGGCUAUAGUUUUGAUUGCUAUGUUUUUACCAUAUAACCAUACAUCGAGGAUGUGUUGAAAACUUCAGUGCUUGUGUAGAUAUUAGCUGCUACUUUGUUUCUAUCUGUAGAAUAAUUGCAGAGCAGAUAGCAAUGUAAAAAUGUGUACUAUAACUCUGUGAAUAAACCAACCAGUUUUUGA